UCGCCGACGCAUCUCAGGUCUCUAAGAAGUUCCGUGAUUGUGGUCAUUUUCUUUCUGUCUUUCGCUGCCUCUACCAAGACAAUUCGCUGGAAGAGUCGUCCAUCGUCUGUCAAUAUUCGCCUCCGUCGAAGCUCAAUUGAACACCGUAGCAUUAAAACAUCUGAAGCUAGAUGACGUCAGUGAACAACACAAGCAAUGGAGUCGCAGAGGAGAAAGCUUUUGAUUCCUUUAAUGUUUCACAAGGAAAGGAAGCCCUUGAGUUGGCCAGUGAAGACUCUUUCCAAUCCAUAGGAUCACCACCUUCAGUGGACACGCAGUCUAACAGUGAUAGUUUAGACACCACAGCAGAACUUUCAGGCGAAUCGUCGUUGCCAUCUCCAGACUCUGCCAUUGGUGGUACUCCUGGCCUCACCCCUGACUUUGAGUUACCCGGCUACCAUACACCCAUAGGAAAGGUAACGGUUGAAGAGAAACAAAAAACAGAAAAAAACACACCAGUGAAUGCUGCACCAGUGGUGAAGGAGCUGUUUUCCAAAGAUAUAAAUCCUCCGCAGAAAGAACCCCAGCAGACGGUGGUAGGAAAUGUCAUGGAAUGUGAAGAGGAUGAAGAUGCUGACACUCCUGAGUCUGAAACUGCCAGUACUGCAUCCUCAUCCUCAUCUUCACUCUUGGUCAUGGAGAAGGGUGAGAGUGUCCCUACAGAUCACACCCAGAUUGAAGCUCCAACUCUAAGUCUUAUAGAUUAUGAAUCCAACACUAAAAAAUCUGACUCCAGAGGGCAUGCACCCACUGGCAUUAUUGAUAGCAUGGAGGCACAACCUAUGAGACAAACUCAAGUACCUCUUCUCCCAACUCUUGCUGUUAAAAAGGAGUCCCUGUUCACCAUGGGUGAGCCCAAGAGUCUGGGAGAAGCCCCUAAGGGUAUAAGUCAACCAAAGGCGGACAUCGAGAGUCCUGGCAAAAAACAGAGUGUAACUACUCUGACAGAUGUAGAAGAAUUUAUAGCGGAUGUUUUGGAGACUGGUAAAGCCACUGCAGAGAUGAGAGGUGAGAAAGUUGGCUCUACAAGUAAGCAGAAAAUUCAAGAUGAUACUGGUAGCCCAAAGCAGGAUCACAUCUCAAAGAUAGAAGUUGAAACAAUUCCAACAGUACCUAGGAAGGUCAAGGCAAGUACUUUGAGUGAUCCAGACCUUGACUCCUCUGAUGUCCAGGAGCCUUGCUUAAUGCCUGAAACACCUACAAUGGCACUUAAUAUAACAUUUACCAAAGAGUUAGCUGGAUGUCCAAUUAAACAGAGCACCCCACUAACCACACCCAUUAUCAUACCAGAAAUCAAGGUGCAUCUGGAGGACGACAUCACAUCAGAAGACAAGGAUGACCUGGAGGAUACUGCAGAAGAGGAAGAUGGGAAAGUGACUCCAGGUGCAGUAGAGGCCCAGCUGAAAAAAAAUAGCACAGCUGAUAGCAGGAAGAGGUCAGAACAUGACUAUACAACAGAGGAGGAAGAAGAUAAGAAGGCAGCUCCAGUUAUUUUAAGGGCCCCACCAGAAGUGAAAAAUGAUAAAGUUGAAGAUGGAGGAUAUGAAGAAGACGAGGAAGAUGAGGAGGGAGAAAUUGAUGAUGACGAUUUAGUAUUAAGUGAUAGUGAAAUGGUAGUGGAAGCAUCAAUGAAAUUCCCUCUGGCAAAUAAAGUAAAUGGUCAGGAUGCCCCCACAGAACAAAAGCAGUCUGAUGCACCAGCCUGUGAGGAACCCAGUGUUGCUGAACCUGUCUCAGAGGUUGCUGUUAAGAUGAACAUACAAGUCACUCAGGCACCAAUUAAAGAAGCUACGCCCUCUGGGUGCGAGAGUGAUAUUGAAGACAAUGACGAAGAUGAUAGCACAGAGGUUUCAAUAGAGGCCCCUGUUGUGUCUUCAGGUGCUCCUGCAUUAGCUGCUCCAACAAACAGGAUCCCUGCUUCUCUUGAGUUACCAGAAACAGUUGUGAGACUGGACACUCCACAGGGAAGCUCGGUAUUUUUAGUAGGAACAGCUCACUUCUCACGUGAAAGUCAAGACGAUGUGGCGAAUACUAUUAGGGCAGUAAAACCAGACAUCGUUGUUGUGGAACUUUGUAAGGCUCGUACUGCUAUACUCCAGUUGGACGAAGAGACCAUUCUAGAAGAAUCUAGGAGCCUUGACUUUAGGAAGGUCCAGAUGAUAUUGCGGCAGCAUGGAAAGGUCCAAGGUAUUCUUUAUUUGUUGCUGCUUUCCGUUUCUGCACACAUCACUAAACAGCUGGGUAUGGCACCAGGGGGCGAGUUCCGCACAGCAUUUGCAGAGGCAAGACGCUCCGCUCCGGGAUGUUUGAUUCAGUUUGGUGACCGACCCAUUCAAGUCACUCUUUCCCGUGCCUUGGCAUCUUUAUCAUUGUGGCACAAAAUUAAACUUACUUGGCAUAUUCUUACGUCCAAAGAACCUAUCAGCAAAGAAGAGGUAGAAAAGUGCAAGCAGCGUGAUUUUAUUGAGGAGAUGCUGGCCGAGAUGACCGGACAGUUUCCGGCUAUCAGCGAAGUUUUUGUCAAAGAGCGUGACAUAUACUUAUGCCGUUCUCUCCAAGCAGCAGCACAACCAGUUCCCAAUCCCAUGUCACCUUCAGGAAUUGCUCCCCGCAUUGUGGUUGGUGUAGUAGGCAUAGGACAUGUUCCUGGUAUUGUUGAACGAUGGGGCAAAGUCACAGAUGACGACAUCCCUCCAAUUAUGAUGAUCCCCCCAACUAGUUUGAGCACGCAAGUUCUUAAAUUUACUAUGAAAGUGUCAUUUUAUGGUCUCCUGGGUUAUGGUGCUUAUAAGUGUUUACCCUCUUCGACAAAAUCUUCAGUCCAGUCGUCUGUCCAGUCUGUUCUGAAAGUUGUGGCUGACAGCCUCCCACAGAAGUGGUUGAAGUUUUUAGAAGCUAUCAUCUACUAUGGAAGAGCUAAAGUGUUGGAAAUUUUUACUGAAGUAUGUGUUGAGGUGGAAUUGUUGAAAAUGACAGAAAAAAUUGCAACAUGUACAAUUAAAGAUACAAAUAUGGGUCAUGUUUCAGGGCAGUUUGGUUUAGGAAUUGAAACUUUGAAAAUGGAAGAUAGUGCUAUUUUAGUGAAAUCAAAAAUGUCUCAAAAAACUGAUAUGGGUGAAGAGCGAGGGCCAAUGGAACCACAAUCAAAGAGAUCAAAGUCAGAAUCUGGUUCUGCUUCAGAGAGUCAGUUUAUUUCCCCUAGUAAGGAUGGUGUUGCUGUUGUGCAAGGGGAAGAUGAAUAUGAACAUGUUCAAAGUGGCCUUGUGUAUGUUGUUACUUCAUUUCCUGGUGCCAGCAUACCACACAUUUCAUACAGUGAUUACAUUCAAGGUUGUAAGUGUGGUAAAAUUUGUUUUGAGAGUUGCCAAUGUUUUUUGCAGCAAGGCUUCCCAUACAAAGAAGGGAAACUUAAAGAAACUUACUAUAAAAAAGCGGUUUUUGAAUGUAAUGAUUGGUGCGACUGUAGUGACGAUUGCCCUAGUCGUUUAAUGCAGCGAGGUCCAGUUACAGGAUUGAAAAUCCUGCAGCUUCCAGGCAAAGGUCAUGGUGUUGUGUCAUCAUGUUUUAUCCCCAAGAAUUCUUUUGUCUGUGAAUAUGCAGGAGAAUAUAUAAGUGUUGAGGAAGCACGUAUUAGAUUUUCCCAGCAAAGUGAUGAGGAUUCAAAUUAUAUUCUUGUCCUAAAAGAACAUUUCUUUAAAACUGCUGCAGAACCUUGCUUUACAAUCAUUGAUCCUACUGUUGUUGGAAACAUAGGCCGUUACAUCAACCAUUCAUGUAACCCAAACCUGGUUGUAGUACCUGUCCGUAUAAACAGCAUGUUUCCUCAUGCUGGUCUCUUUGCAAUUCAAGACAUUUUACCCGGAGAGGAGCUGUGCUAUGACUACAGUAGCACUGUAAUAGUGAAGGAGAUACCAGUACCUGUAAAUGAAACAAAAGCAGCCGGAUCAACGGAGAAUUUAGGUCAAAAGAUUGCUGCUAGUAAUAAUAGUAUGAAAAAAAGCGCCUCCUCACUUAUAGAUGAUAUUGAGGUUCUGCAGUCGAAGACAACACUAAGAUUAGAUGGUUGUAGAGGUUCGAUAAGGAAUGAGGAAAGUCACGAACCAAAUGUUCGUUCUUCACAUUCAUUGAAACCUUGUCUAUGUGGUUCUGAGAACUGCAGGAAAUUCUUACCUGUUGAUAAGGAUAUUUUUUAGUGCAACUAAAGUACUGCUUUGUAAAUAUUGACCCAUACCCUGUUGUUGGUUGACUUCAGUGCUGUCCUUUCAUAGCUGAAAAAAACCUAUAUUGUAAAUUGCAUAGAUUAUUCAGGGAAUAUUGAAAAUUAGGGAAAUAAAGGAUACUUCACUAGUCCUAGUUGAAUUUUUUUAGUUUAAUCACUGACUGUAGUGCAAGUCUGUUCUUUGAACUUUUCAUGCCUCUGUAUUCUUUGUUGUGGAGGGAAAGAAUCUGAUUCACCUUUCUGAUCCAUGAUAAUUUUAAAGUACAGUAGUUUCUCAUUGCAUUACAUCACCAUAGACAUUGUGGUGAACUUUCUUUGCUAGUAGGGAGGGAUUCAGCUUCUUAGGUUCCUAAGGAAACAUCUUAAAAUUUAUUUGAUCAACUGUAUGUUAUUUCCCUAAAAAGGACAAUCCCACUGUUUGAUAAACUAGAUGGCUGUGUGUGAACUGUACUUGUAAAUGUAUAAGAUUGAGAUAUUUUUGUCAAAAGAAUUUUACUAUAGGCCUUACAGUGUCAUAAAUGUCUUGUAAUUGUAUUGCCAACUUUUUAUUUUAUUGAAGGUUAGAUACAGACUGAACCUGAGAGGAAUCAGCUGUUGUAUAGAUUUGCCUUCUAGCUUUUGUGCUAUUUGUUUGUACUAUACUGCUAGUGAUAUUACAUUUCGUUGUUCCUUUUGGUUGUCCAGUGGCAUUUUUAUCCUAUUGCUAAAUUGCUCAAGUAGACCAAAUCCUUUCCAGAAUAUUAAGGUAGUUGCAAAAUGGAUUACUUUGAUUACUUGCUUGGUUUCUUGUCUUGAAAUAUUUCAAGUGCAUUUUAACAGAUUUUAACUGCAGAUUGAAUGCUGCACUCUAGUGCAACAAUAUGGAGAUUAUCUCAUAAUUUCCCAGUACAUUUAAUGACGUAAGAAGACAAAAAAUUGACCUCUUGUUACUGCCAAGUCAUUAUCUCAGGUUAAGGCAGUGCAUGUGUAUUUCUGUAAAUAUUAAAUGUAACUGUUGAUGCUUAUUGUUGGAAAACUUGGUGACAGGCCUAAAGCUUUGUGAAGUAUAAUUGUAGUAGGUAAUGCCUUAGGGAGAGAUAGGGUUAUAUUUCAAUGAUUUACUAGGAGGUUCAUUUACACACUGUCGGAAUAGCAGUUGCCUUCUUUUCAAUUAUUGCCCUUUUGAUCCUUUUAGAGAAAUCAAUGGAAAUCCCUGGUUAUGUUGUUGAAAAUAUAUCCAAGAAGUUUAUAUGAAUAUAAAAAAGUGUAAUGUAUCUGAGGAUAGUUAUUUUGAAAUAAAUAUUAACUUUAC